AUGAUGUAUCAGGCAUGCCGCGGCCGGCUGGCCGGCGCGAUCGGCUGGCUUCGGGAGUUUCAAACCGACUCGGAGUUGGUGCCGGCCGCCGGCGCCGCCGCACCAGCAGCAACAUGCAACUUGAAAUCUAGGGCGGUGUGGCAGCCUGGCCAGGACGCUUUGAGAUGCACUCAGCGCUUUGGAUCAUCGCAAAAAGUCACCUUCAUCAUGGUGGCAGAUCCGGGAACAUUUACUGGCACACCGGAGUCUUCUUUCUACGUGGGAGCAGUACAGAACAAGAACGAGGUUCCGGCCAACAUCACUAGCUGCAGCGACUUGCUGACUGGCACCAUUCUGAACCAGCCAGUGGUGGUUGCCACUUCUGGCAUAGGCCCGGUGGCAGCAGCAAUGUGCACCAUGGAGAUGCUUCAAUGCUCCUCACUCAUCAAGGACUUCAUCUAUGUGGGAACAUCAGGCUGGAGCUCCCAGCUGGGCGGAGUUCUUAAUGCGCCUGGCUCGUGUGGAGAGGCCAAUUUGCCGAGGGACCUGGCAAGGAUUGGGGACAUCGCUGUGACGCCCUACGCUGUCAACUGGGCCUGCAAGCUUGCAGACUACAGUGGGCAGUGCAAGGGAGCACCAAAUCUCUGCUCCUAUCCAGAGGAAUUCUUUGGGCCCCAGGAAGCGAGGCUGUAUGGGGACUGCGUGUUCACAAAAAGCAGCAAGGCUGCGCUUGACCUGGCGAAUGAGCUGAUCUCUGCCACCAAAACCCCUCUCUUUGCUGCCAACGUUGCCUCGCUCUCCGCAGAUUUCGAGGAGAGGAUCGCUCCAUAUGAGUCGGCAUACUUUGCUGCCAUGUCCAACGGAACGGGGCAUCAGUACAUCCUGCCAAAGUGGAUGGGCCCGAGAGUCUGGGACUACAAUGUUGCAGCUGAGAUUGAUGCGCAGUUCUUCUACAGUGGAGUGCCCUGGGAUAUGGUGGCACGAAAUUACACUGCCCAGACUUUGAAUCUGGCCACGGGCAAGUCGCUGACGCAGUAUGAUGUCAUUGCUUACAUCAGGGGGCUGGCACUGACAGAUGGCAAGUGCGGCGCAGGCAAUGCAGAGGUGCCAUACGUGCUUGUGAGGGCCAACUCAGACUACCUGUACCAGCCAGUGCAGCGCGCAAAGAGCGGCAGUGGGUGGGAGACUGUGGCCAAUCCCCCGCCAGCAAAUUUCUCUGUCUCCUACAGGUUUGCCAUAGGGACGUCCUCGUCAGCUGUGCUGACCAUGCUGCAGCUGAGGUGUCUCCAGGGCAGCGCGAACAAUGCCACAGCUUGUGCUUACAAGCCACUGCAAUUCUAA